AUGCCGUGUGAUCCAGUGCCGACUGUGCAGCUGGGCGUGUGCCCGCACCGCGGGCUGGCCGCCGAGGACCACGAGCACAGGCCGCUGGGCGCGAGGGGACUGGCAGCCCCCAACCUCGCCGGGCCGGUCGACGGGCUGCAGACGGCGCAGAGGGCCGAGGUGACAGCUGCGGUGGCGGCGGCUCGCGUUGUGGGCGGCCCGAUCGCGGCUAGUGCCGACCCGCGGGAUGGGGAGCACGCAGACCUCUGGCACUCGCUGGUGGACGCCGUGCGCAGCGGGCGGCUCCGGGCGCGCUGGGUGCCAGCACACAAGACGCCAGCGGAGGCGCACCGCCUGGGGCUAAGCGAGCGGGACCGCCUCGGCAACGCGGCGGCCAACGGCAAUGCUGGCGCGGCAGCGGCCAGCAGGGCGCCGCCGCCAGACGUGGUGCGCGCCCGCUGCCAGGAGCUGCAGCUGCUGGAGGCUGCGCAGCGCGUUAUGGCCGCCGCGCAGCAGGCCGCCCUCGCAGCGGCGCCGCCUGCCGCGCGCCGCCGCCAGCGCGACUGGCGCAGGGUUCGCCGCGGCGCCCGGGCCCGCGCGGCGUCCGCCCUGGCGGCAGAUGCCCCCGCUGGCCAGGUGGCGCAAGCGCCGGCCUGCCCGCGCCGGAGCGGCGCUGUUGCGCCCGUCAGCAGUGGCGGCAUGCUGGCCGCGUUUUUCGCCGGGCGUUCUUCUUGGUGGCCCCACGCCCUCGCGCGCGGGCCCUGCCACGUCUUCUGCCUCCGCUCCAGCGGCAGUGCGACGUCGGCAGCUGGCCUGCUGGGGAACGCGUGCCCGGGCUGGCGGGAGCGUCUGCCGGCGCGGUGCCAGGCGGCGCUGCUCCUUGGCGAAUUGCCCUGCGCGGGAGGCAGCGCGGAGGCGUUUGCUUGCCUGGCUGCGCAACGCAUUGCGCAGCUCCCAAAGGUCCCAGACUGA